AGUAAAUUCCAUAGUGUUAAAUAUGCAGUGUCAAAGUACAUUGACUCUUACAGAGUUAUUACUACAACAGUUGGAGUAAGAUACCGCCCAGUGUUGGUGAAAAAGUACGUUGUUAAAAGACGCAGUGUCAGACGUACUCUGGAAAGCUCCGCCCACCUACGACUCGUCUCAAACGGACCACACAUUUUCACGGCGCCAUUUUCUUCAUGUGGAAUGACUGCGGGAGCAUGCUGCUUAAAGCUAAACUUGGAGAUGUCCAAAAAUUUGUCAGAAUAACUGAGCCAAAUCUGAAAGACUUUUUGAUUGCAGCAUUUGCAAAGUUUGGUGUCCCAGCUGUAACAGAAGAAUCUGUCUCCAUGGUGGCCUCUUCUGAGCAAUCCCAACCAUCAUCCCUUGAUACCUUGGACUCUGAGGAUACAGUCAUUAUUUCAGAUAGCCCCUCCAGAAAACGCCAGAGGCUGGAUACAGAAGCCAAGCAAUUGGUGGAAUCAGCUCUUACCAACAAAACCGGUGGGGAACGUAUAAUAAAUGAAUACAACCGAACCAAGUCCUUGACGGAUGAAACAAGACGCAAAAUGGUGAACAUGCUGGCAGCUGACAUGACAGAAAUGAAUGGUACAUCUCCACCCAGACAGGUGAAAGAAAUGUAUGCCAAAGGAAUAGUGACCUUAUUCCCGUACCUCAGUGACCCAUUCUCUAAGAAUGGCUAUGAGCAUUAUUAUGAUGGCGAGAGUGGAACUGGGUACUUGGCCUGGAGGAUUAAAACUAUUCAGAGAGGCACCGCCAAAGACAGGCGAUCAUCAUUCGGAGAAUCAGCCAAAGGAUCAACUGGUGAAGACAUGUCUGGAGGACCGACUGUCAGACGAGAAUCCCAGUUUGUUCCAGAGACUGCCCUGACUGAUGAUGAGUGCAACAAAGCAAUCUCACUGAUGAAACAUUCUGCUGAUGCAGACACAAUCAAGAAGAAAAUGGAACUGACGUUUGUGUAUCGCCGCAAAAUGAUCCUCGACCCCCAGCAGUCAAGCAACAUACUGUCUGAGUUUCCACGUUUUAAAGACGUCAAAAGCUUGGUUGAACAGGAUUUUGUUCUAAUGUUCGGAGAGGAUACCUCAAGCAAGCUUCUGGAAAGGUGGCCGGUCACGUUCAAGAAAAAGAUCAUCAAACAAUGCAGAAAGCUUCCAUCCACAAGUGAGCUUGAAGAACUCUUGCUGGCAGCUGAUCCUCCUGAGGAUGGCACUGAAUUGGAUGUUGACUUUGGUUGGGACAGUGAUCUGUCAUCGGUUUUACUGCUUAUACACCUGAUUCCACCCUCCGCUCAGGGUCGGAAGAGACCAGGAAAGGUUUCCGCAUCCCAAGCAGAGAAACAUCUUGUGGUAUUCAAGAAGACCGGAACAAACAUUCAAGAGCAUCUCGAUGCCAUCACUACUAGCGCUCAGCCCUAUCUCCUAGCUGUUGGAGUUAAGAAGAAUGCAAUCCACCAGUUCUUCAUCAUUAUCGACAAGAAUGCCAUACCUUGCAGGUCAACCUCUUCUCUUGUUGCUUUUGACGAACUAUUUAAGGCACAUUUUGUGUUUGGCACAUCCUACAACACCAUGCUCCACAACAUGUACACUUUCAUCCAAACUACAGUGUACAGCAUCGAUGCUGGCAAGGUCAAAGAGAGCCCUCGUGUUGCUGAAAUCAGGGCGAGGUUACUUCAUUAGUGCUUGAAGUUUCUCCUCGAACAUGAAGUGUUUUGUUUGUCAGGCUGAGUUAUCGAGUUCAAAUAUGCUUGUUAGGCAUUUACGAUUAGUUCACGGUUACUUGCCUGGAAAAAAUCUCCGGCUUAAAUGUGCUCAGACUGGAUGUGGCUGUGCGUUUGGUACGUUUUCUGGUUUUAGGAAACAUUUAAACACAAAACACACUGAGUAUAUUGACCAACAGGUUGACCCUGAUGUUUAUUUAAGCAGCAUUGGAGAGGCAGUGACCACUAAUGUAGAGGAGACAGCUACAACGUCACGGACAGUUAAUGAACACGAGGUAGCCACAUCUACUCUGUUGAAAAAGUCCAACAGGAGCACUCUAGAUAUGUGUGCCUCUGCUGUUGCACAACUAAAAGCAGCUGGAUUAAGUCAAUCUACUGUAAAUAGUUUUGUUUCCUCCAUGGAAGAAGUGUUUUUUGAGAUUCAAAGUCAAGCUACAGAUGCAGCUUUGCAGUGCUUAUCUCCACAGGAAACUGAAAAUAAGAACAGAAUAGAACAAUCUUUGCAAAAGUUGGAAAACCCUUUCACACCCUUAAAUUCAGAAGCUAAACGAAAUAAACACUUCAAAGAGAAAUGGGGAAUCGUAGAACCUGUUGAAAAGGUGCUUGGCACAAGAUUUGACAGCAGAAGAAACAAAACAACUGGGACAUACGAUCAGGUCGUUGUAACUGACAAGUUUGCAUAUAUUCCUAUUUUAGAAACACUAAAGGCCAUUUUUCAAAACCCAGAACUUGCAGACAUGUUCAAGCCCAGGCACAUGCCCAAGGAAGGUGUGUAUGCAGACUUGAGAGAUGCCGCCUAUUUUAAAAAAAAGUCCCUUAUUCUCUAUAGAAAAAGAUGCCAUACAGAUCCAGCUAUUUUAUGACGACUUUGAAACAGCAAACCCCUUGGGGUCUAAAAAGGGUAUACACAAAUUAGGUGCUAUAUACUUUACAUUAAGGAAUUUUCCCCCAAUCUUUAAUUCAUCAUUGAUAAAUAUUCAUUUGGGUGCUCUUUUCCAUGCGCAGGACAUCAAGCGUUAUGGUUUUAAUUUGAUACUUGAGCCACUUGUCAGUGAUCUUAAAGUACUCGAGACAGAGGGACUUAAAGUUCCCAGAUUGAAAGAUGUGAUUCACGGUACCAUAGUUCAGGUCACUGGUGAUAAUCUUGGGUUGCAUGGUUUAUUUGGCUUUGUGGAGUCAUUUGGGGCAAGGUAUUGUUGUCGUUUCUGUCUCCUUGAGAAAGAUUGUUUUCAAACUGUGUUCUGUGAAGAUGAUCCAAAAGUUGUACUACGAACUAUCGAGAUGCACAAACUGCACUGUCAAACUUUACAAACAGAUCCUACACUACCUCAUAUCUAUGGUGUCAAACGCAUUUGUCUGCUGAAUUCACUACAGUAUUUUAAUACAGCCAACAAUUUUUCUGUAGAUAUAAUGCACGAUAUUUUAGAAGGAGUUGCUCAGUUUGAAGUCAAACUUGUCCUGCAGUACAUUAAGGAAAACUUCCUAAAUGCUGAACAACUGGCUGGUAGAAUACAUGCUUUUGACUAUGGAUACAAUCAGCAGCGAAACCGUCCACCUAGAGUAAAGUUGUUUGAUGGAAGUAAUGAUUUGGGGUUGAAUGCUAUACAGUCUUGGUGCUUAUUACGUAAUAUGCCUUUGCUAUUUGGUGAUUUAAUACAGUCAGAUGACCAGCACUGGCAUCUUCUACUUUUGCUUCUACACAUUGUUAACAUUGUAUUUUCCCCAGUCCUUACAGAAGGCAUGACCAUUUACCUCAAACAUUUAAUCAUUGAUCAUCAUCAGCUCUUCAAGCAGUUGUUUCCUGCAAUCAAUCUCUUACCAAAGCAUCACUUCAUGAUUCAUUACCCUCGUAAUAUAAAAAACAUCGGCCCAGUUCUGCACAUGUGGUGCAUGCGUUAUGAAGCUAAACAUAAUUUUUUUAAGAAGCAAUUAAAAAGCUUUAAAAAUGUAACAAAAACAUUAGCCAAAAAAGCACCAAAGUUGUAUGGCAAUGUAUCGAGAGUCCUUUAGCAAGGAAAGAUUAACUUUAGGUUCGGGGAAGAUGGUAACACUUAGUGAGCUCAAAGAAGGUCCCGAGAUUGCUUUAAAAUGUGGGUCUGUAUUGUCUACCAGUGUGUUUUCUGCCAAGUGGAUCAAACAUCAUGGUACAGAGUACCGCCGUGACUUCAUUAUCUGUACUGAGGUAGCAUUUGAGAUGCCUGUAUUUUGUAAAAUCAAAAUUAUUGCUGUGAAAGAUGACUGUGUAUUGCUCUGUGGAAAACUGAUGGAAACAGUGUGUUUUGAUUACCAUUACUAUGCCUUUAAGGUCAGGAUGCAUCCAGACAGGGUUCAAAAGGUGAUCAACAUUACUGAACUGUGUUACUUUAAACCUUUUGAUGUUCAAAUGAAGUAUGGAAUGACAGAUUCCUCCUUGUAUGUUGUUCCCUAUUGCCAUUUUAUGGAAACCUAAGGUCAAUGUUUUAAAAAGGGAUUUGUAUUCUUAAUAUAUUUUAGCCUGACAUAGUUGAGCUGUUAAUAAAAAUUUGAAAUGCA